AUGGAAAGACAUCUUACCGACGAUCCCAGGGUGGGUGCGCCAGAAACGGCAGUCACCCAGGAAAACGUCGAUGCUGUGCGCGAACUCAUUAUUGAAGAUAGACAUGUGACAUAUCGUGAGAUUGAGGAAUCCUUGAAGAUCUCAAAGACCCCAAUUCAAAAAAUUUUACAUGACGAAUUAGGAGUAAGAAAAUUAGUUUCUCACCGUUUCAAUUCCGGAAACUCAAAAAAUUCGGCUGUUUGGGUGUUCCAAGGUGAAGAAAAGCCAACAAAUGUCAUCCGUUCUCGAAGUGUUUCGAAAAAGAUGGUCGCGACAUUUGAGUCAAAAGCGGGUCAUAUUGCAAACAUUCCUCGCAAUGAGCAAAGAACUGUUACUGCGGAUUGGUAUACCAUCAUUUUUUUGCCAAAAGUCAUCACCGAGCUUCGAAAAAUCAACCCCGAAAGAAGAACCAUCCUCCACCAAGACAAUGAAAGCUCGCACACAGCCCAAAAAACAAGGAAGUAUUUAACGGAAGAAAACGUAGAAUUAUUGGACCAUCCACCAUAUAGUCCCGAUCUAAGUCCUAACGAUUUCUUUACUUUCCCGAAAAUUAAAAACAGACUGCGUGAUCAAAGGUUCCAGUCACCAGAAGAAGCAUGGAAUAAGUGCUUCGAAAAUUGGUUCGAGCACAUGCAGAUAAUGGAAAAAGGGGACGAUACAGAAAUUUAUUUAUGA